AUUACUCGUCUAUUUCCUCGUCACCGCUCCCGGGUCCCGUCCGUGCCCCACACCCGGCCCGCACCCCUUGCCAAGGCGGCUGCGCGGGAGCCGCGGCCCCGCGCCGGUUCCUGCGCCGCGGAGUUUCCGCCGCCGUGUCCCGCGCUCCCCCCGCGCCGCGCCCCGGCCGCCGGGCGCGUUUCCACCGCCGCCCACGGGCAGCAUGGCGGCGGCGGCGGCGGCGGCCCCUGCUGCUGCCCGCGCUCUGUAGGUGGCGCGGCGGCCGAGGGCGCUCCCGGGCAGCGGCUCCGGCGGCGCCUCCGCCGCGCCGCGUCCCGCGCUCCCCCUGCUCGCCGGGGCCGCGGCGGGGGCGGCCGGGCCGGGCUGCGCUGCGCUCCGCCCCGCCGUGCGGGGGUGUCUGGGCGCCCGGGAGCAGCGCGGCUGCUGCAGUGCCGCGGCGGCCGAGCGGAGCGGCGGAGCUGCGGGUGCCCGCGGGGCUCCUCGCAGGGAGGAGAAGGGAGGGCGCGGGGUCGCGGGUGCCGACGGCACCGAGAGGCUGCCGCGAGCAGAGGGGCGGCCGGGAGCGGGACCAUGGCGCUGCAGAGCCCGCCCGCUGCCGCCGAGCUGCCCCCCGGCCCCGGCGAGGGGCAUCCGCCGGGCGCCGAGCUGAGCCCGGGCAGCGCCGAGGCCCCGUCAGCCGAGGACGGCGGCGAGGAGGAGGAAGAAGAGGAGGAAGGGGAGAAGGAAAAGGAAAAAGAAAAGGAAAAGGAGGGAGAGAAAUUGCCGCCCAUCCCGUCGGCGUCCACCGCGGCUGCCGGGGGAUUGGAGGAAGGAGCCAAAAAUCAGUUUUCCACUUUCAGCGAUUUCAUCACAACUAUCAACCAAAAGAAAGAAGGCAUCGGAAACAGAAAUUCACCUACACAACUUGUUAUACCCAGCAUCAAAAAUGGGAGAGACCUGCCUCCUCUUUGCCUCGAUGUACGGCAAAAGCAGCGCAUGUCUGUGGAUGCAUUACCCCAAGAGCUGAAAGCACCAUUUCCUCCUGAACCCUCCCUUCCAGUUCGAACCAAAACUGUGAAAGAUUUUCAGGAUGAUAUGGAGAAGUCGAAAGCAUCGGGAGAUUGGAAAGCUGUACAUAAUUUUUAUUCUACAACUUUUGAUUCUUUCUUGGAGAUAAAUGCUGCAUUUAAGAAAGAUACCACUUCUCCAUUUAAUACCAUUGAGGACUCUGGAAUUGAUGCAAAUUUUGUCAAUGUUGUCUAUGAUGCCUUAUUAAAUACUCCUCAAGAUGUUCAGAAGUCAGUCCUAAAAGGAAUAAUUAAUGGUCUACUACAAGAAUGGACAGGGCCACGAACAAAAGAUGAUCUUAGAGCAUAUUGUAUACUUUUACAGAAUCCUCAAUUUAGUAACACUUCUACUUAUGUCAUCUAUGCUCACUUGCUAAGACAGAUAGCAGCCUUAACAGAAGCUGACCAUCAUUUCCUAGUGCACUGGUCUAAAAAGAUAUCACAGAAGAGGUUCAAGCAGGUGGUGGACAGGUUACUGCAAUUUAUUUCUUUACGGCUGUUUCCUGCAAAACCUGAAGAGUUUCCACCUAUGGUGAAAUGUACCUGGUGGAUUCCAUCAGCAACAAAAGUCCUGGCUUUAUUUAAUGCUGCAAAUAGUCUGAUUAGCCCUCCUAUUAUUUCAUAUACGGAUUUCUAUAAUUCUACACUUGAUCAUAUUGAUCUUAUGGAGGAAUAUCAUAACUGGCAAUGCUAUGGGAAUUCUCACAGGUUUUCUUUCUGUCAAUACCCAUUUAUUAUUUCUAUAGCAGCAAAAAAAGUUAUUAUUCAAAGGGACUCAGAACAACAAAUGAUAAAUAUUGCACGGCAAAGCCUUGUGGAUAAAGUCUCUCGCAGACAGAAGCCUGACAUGAAUAUGUUAUUCCUAAAUGUGAAAGUGAGGAGGACACACCUUGUUAGUGAUUCACUUGAUGAGCUAGCAAGGAAGAAGGCAGAUCUGAAAAAGAAGUUAAAAGUCACAUUUGUGGGGGAAGCUGGUCUUGAUAUGGGUGGCCUGACAAAAGAGUGGUUUCUUCUUCUGAUUCGACAGAUUUUUCACCCAGAUUAUGGCAUGUUCACCUACCACAAGGACUCGCAGUGCCAUUGGUUCAGCAGCUUUAAAUGCGACAACUACUCGGAAUUCCGACUGGUUGGAGCCCUUAUGGGACUUGCUGUAUAUAACAGCAUCACCUUGGAUAUUCGUUUCCCUCCUUGCUGUUACAAGAAAUUAUUGAGUCCUCCCAUUGUUCCCUGUGAUCAUAACACACUUGUAGGCAUCUGUGGUGUCACAUUAGAUGACCUGUUUCAGAUUAUGCCUGAACUGGCGCAUGGACUAAGUGAACUUCUAUCCUACGAAGGCAAUGUCGAAGAGGAUUUUUACUCAACCUUUCAGGUUUUUCAGGAAGAAUUUGGUGUUAUAAAAUCUUACAACUUAAAGCCAAAUGGAGAUAAAAUUCCAGUCACAAAUCGGAACAGGAAAGAAUACGUGCAGCUUUAUGUUGAUUUUCUUCUCAAUAAAUCGAUCUACAAACAAUUUGCAGCUUUCUAUUAUGGAUUUCAUAGUGUCUGUGCUUCAUACGCAUUACUGCUGCUUCGUCCAGAGGAGGUUGAAAUUCUCGUCUGUGGCAGUCCUGAGUUGGACAUGUCUGCUUUACAGAGAAGUACCCAAUACGAGGGCUACCAAAAAACUGAUCUGACCAUACGAUAUUUCUGGGAUGUAGUACUUGGAUUUUCUCUGGACCUUCAAAAGAAGCUGCUACAUUUUGCUACAGGAAGUGAUAGAGUACCUGUGGGAGGAAUGGCUGAUCUGAAUUUCAAGAUUUCAAAGAGUGAAACGCCCACUAAUUGGUUACCUGUGGCCCACACCUGCUUCAACCAGCUUUGUCUCCCUCCUUACAAGAACAAGAAAGAACUGAAGCAAAAGUUAAUCAUUGGAAUUUCAAAUGCAGAGGGGUUUGGUCUGGAAUAAGAUUAAAUACUCCAAGAACAGCAUUUUUAUGUAGCAUUCACUCUCUUCUGAUUGUGCCUUUAAGCUUUUCGUUGUUAUGUCUCUUGAUACUGUGCCAGUUUUACUGCAUUUAGAUAAUUUUUUAGAUUAAAUAUUAAGUGUAUGUUUUUCUUCCUGAAUGGCAAUACAUUUGCUGCUUGCUUUGUCACAGAAAGUAGAUUUCCUUGUACAAAAAGCUCGUCUGUUUGGUAAACAAAACCCAGCUAAGACAAUUCCCAAGUUUUAGGUUUUUCUUAAUAGCACUUUAUCAUUAAUCAUAAUUCUUUUACAUGAAGGUAUCUCACUGGGAGAUAAUAUACAAAAUAUUUCUCUAUUAAUUAAUCCCAGUGGCAGAUCAUUUUAAAUUAACAUUAAUAAUAGAAAAAAUAUAACAUCAGCAUGUAGCCAUUUUUUUCACAAAGGCAAAUAGGAAUUUUAGUCUUUAUAACAUAGAUGUAAGUUUAUUAUUUUGGUUUUCCUUUGCAGUGAAACCAGCUGUCUAAGAAGUAUGUAAAUAACUGCCUGUGAAGAAAUAGGGUUUUGAUAGUGCCAUUUACUGCUAAAAAAUUAUUUUUUAUGAAUAAGAGGUUUUAGAUGUUGUAUAUUCAGCUUUUACACUUGACUGUACAAGAGUGUUAAAAGGUAUUUUUUCAGCUUGAGGGGAUUCAAGUUCAAGCUACAGGUGUUAAGGAAUUUGUAUGUUCAUUCUUAACAGCAAACUAGCCAGAUCUACUGUAGCAUUGUAGUAAACAAAACUAGAUAUUUAAAAUAAAUUCCACGUCUGGUGAAAUGCUCUAGGAAGGGAAUUAUAUCCACAACAGGUGGAAAACUGAUAUCAUGCUAUCAUUUUUUGCAGCAACUUUGUUGAAAGUCAUAAAUAAGCUGUGACAAAAGUGAAUAUAAUAACAUUUCUGAAGAAUGUUGCAACUUUCAUUAACUUGGAGACCAGCAUUUAAAAAUGUUUUGUGUUUUUCACUGCACUAACCCUGUGAAAAGAAUUCUUGGUAUGUCUGCUCUGAGUUAGUAAAUUAGCAGCUGGGGAAGAAAUGGUUCUAAAAUAAUGACAUAAUUGUAAGUCUGGGUUUUAUUCAUUACAUGGAAAUAAUUUAUCAGCAUGCAGUAUAGUAUUUUUAAAUAUGAACAGCUACUGUGUGUUCUGUAAAUUUUUCUUUCAGCUGAAUAAAGCCCAGAUCAUUGGAGACACUUUGGCAUCUAAUUUGUCAGCUUUCCCCAUUGACUUCUGCUGGGGCAUGGAUGCAUAACUAUCUUGUAGUGUCUGUACUCAAAUACUAUUAGUCUUCUCUCUUUCUCUGUAUUAUUUACAUACAAUCAACAGAUUUACAAAUGAUGAGCAAAUUAAUCUGUCCAAUUCAUGCUUUCAAAGCUGUUCUGGAUAUUCUUCAAUAGCUAAGUGUAAAUUUUAUUUUUUUAUUUCUCCUUGAAAAUUUACUGGUGAUUUUACUGUUUUAUUAAGGCAGAGAUAAAUAUUAGGAUAUUUUAGAAUAUUUGACACUGUAUUCUUAGUGUUGUCAUUGAAACCAGUAAUAAAAUUUCUAUUGGCUUUAGCCUGGAACUGUACUAGGUUAGCACAAAGACUGCUAAAAGCAGCACUGAAAAAUUUUGUAUUUUUACAUUGUAUCUCCCAAAUGGAGUUUUUAAAAUAAAUUUUAACUUGCAGGAUUUCAGAUGUUGAGAAAUAAAUUAAGCUUUCACUGUUGCACUGAAUGAACUAGAUAGCUGCAAGCAAUGUUGAAUUUCUAACACCUGAAUAUGGAUGUAAGUAAGAAACAAAGUAGGAAACAAAGACCUGCUGCCUUUCCUCUCUUUGUAGAAUUGGAUUGAUGGAAGGUUGGCUUAUGAAUAAAUAGCUAUACAGUUUAUCUGAAAACAUGGCAAAUUAGCCAAAAUAUUUUUUUAAGGCUUAAACCCGCUUUUAAUAACUAUUUAUCUACUAUUGUUAAAAUAAAAGCUUUAUCUUUUCACCUUUUCACUGAAUUGCACUUUGCCUUCUGUUUAGUUUUAUUUAUUGAAGCUUUUUUUGAGAUAAUGUGUAAUAUUACCUCAGAAUUCUACAAAUGCUAUUGUAUUUGCAUCAGUUUUUAAAUCAGAUUGUCAUUCAAAGACAUUUUAUAUAUUUCCUGAUGUUGAUAAAUUAAAUAGUAAAUUUUGUAUUUGUUAAAUGAAAACAUUACACUGUAUUUAUGAAAUAAGCAUCUGAUAAUUUAAAAAAAAUUAUUCAGUGUUUUGUUGUUCUUGUGUCUUGCCCUGUAACCCAGCAAAUCUUUUUUUAUCUCCAUCAUUGUUUUGUACUGUACAAAAGAAAUCUGAUUUGUAUAAACUUGUUCAUUACUAAGUAUCUAUUUUUAUGUAUCAAAAUUGUCCAGUCAUUAAAUCAAAUAUUUCAAAUGCU